UAUAAUUUGGGUAAUAACAUAGGAAAUUUAUAUAAUAUUGUAAUAAGGUCUGAAAUAAGAUUUCAGAGAUUAUUGGCAAAACAAGUAAUUAAAAAGGAAUUGGAUCAAUCAAAAAUACGAGAUGUAAUAUCAGAAAAUAAUUCGUAUAACAAUGUAAAAUGUACAUCAGGUGAUUUAUCAAAGUAUGCAGAGUUAAAGAAAAAGGGAUUAAAUGAUAUGAACUUAUAUAAGAAACUUUAUAAACACAGAUAUUCUAAAAAGAAUAUUUUAGGAAAAUUUGAUUGUUAUUGUGAAAAAAAAUAUUCGAUUUGAAUGGGGUAUAGGAACUAUUGUAAUAACGACAAUAACAUUUCUGGAAUGCUAAAAAUCGUGUCUAUCCCAACCUCUAUUAUUUUUACAACGUUAUCAUAUAUAAUUUUAUUUUCGAUCAUUUACACCAUGAUAAAAAUUGUAAAAUAUGAAAGAUUGGAAGCUGGAAGGGGCAAAUUGAAUUCUGCGGAAUAUCGUAGUUUUUGUAAAGAUAUUUUUUUGCCUAAAAGAUCUUCGUAA